UCGAAGGUGGGGUACUCGAACGAAGAGAGUCCCUUCCUGCCUUGUGUCCCUACCUUAUCAUCCCUGCUCUUCACCUUCUUGUUUCGGACAAGCGAGCACUUCUGACUCUCAAGCGUUCGCCUUUUUGCAAUAGUAGAUUUAAGACGCGUCCGUCAUUCCACCUGGAGACGCUACUAAUAAGCAUGGUCAGAGGCAUGGGCCGCAGCGUACGGGGUUCUGAAGUCCGGUCGCGGUCAGAAGCUGAUCCUCUUCGAAAGCACGGAAAUGGAACUGAAGGUGCUAGCGCUGACACCGAACAACGUUUUCAGCGGGUCAGCUGUACAGCAGGAUUGCUUUUGCCGUUCAUUUUCUCCCGCCGGAAAAGUAACCCUAGGACAGGUAGUAUCAAGGGUGAGAGAGUACUUACCGCCGCUGGAGAUUGCUACAGACGCCCGAGGAACGAUGAGUUGGGGUUACUAGGCGGCCAUAGUUCCGGAGGAGAAACUAUAGCUGUUCCGGCGACCAAAGAGAACCCGACGCCGAAGGAAUGUGAAGAGAUGCUCGUCUCUCCUCGGCAAGCGGAAGGCGUUCAACCGACGGCAGCCGCAGCCGAGAGCCGCGGUGCGAAAGCCGCGGCGUCAUGGCAUGCCGCGUUUGCGCGGCGUCGAGCAACUGUGGAGGGCCGCGCUGGCGUCAAUCCUCGCCGACGCAGCGACAGUUUCAAGGGCAGCAGCAUCACCGGGGCAGGCAGUAGCUGCGGCGGGAGUAGUUUCGGGAGCAGCGGGUGGGGCAGCAGCAGCAUGAGUCGCAGCAGCAGCAUGAGUCGCAGCAGCAGCGGCAGCCUGGCUCGGUCCGACAGCACGGGGUUCGGGCCGUCUCGGUUCGUGCUGCGGCAGCGGUACGAGGACAUCGGGCUGCGGUACCUGGUGCACAAGGAGCAGCUGGGAACCGGCGAGUACGGCGCCGUCCGGCCGUGCGUCGAAGCCGACUCUGGGCGCCUGCUCGCGUGCAAGACCAUCCGCAAGCAACAGAUCACGAAGCACGAGGACGCCGAAGCCAUCCGAACGGAAGUGGCGUGUCUGUGGGAGGUGAGGGGCCACCCGGGCAUAAUCACGAUGCACGACGCACUGGAGGACGGCAAGCGCGUGCACCUCGUCAUGGAGCUCUGCGAGGGGGGCGACCUGUUCAGGCGAGUGAACCAGCGUGGGGCGUUGAGUGAGCGCAGCGCCGCCAGGGUGUGCAAAGCGCUGGCGCUGGCGGUGUUGCACUGCCACCGGCAUGGGAUCAUGCACCGCGACAUCAAGCCCAAGAACGUGCUGCUCCUAGACGACUCGGACGAGCCCCACAUCAAACUCAGCGACUUCGGUGUGGCCACUUUCUUUGAGGAUGGAGACUUGUUGACUGAGUUCGCCGGCACAACACAGUACAUAGCGCCUGAGGUGUGGAAGGGGCAAUAUGGGCGUGAAGCUGAUAUCUGGGGACUUGGAGCGCUCCUGUAUUUCUGUAUAGCAGGCGUGUCGCCUUAUCGGGCCCCAACAAAGCAGCAGGUAGCAGAAGCGGUGCUAACACAAGGGGUGGACUUCAGCCUGCCGUGUUGGAGAAGAGUCACUCCGGAAUGUAUAGAUCUGAUUGCUAGCAUGCUCAACAAGGACCCUUACGGCCGGAUCACACUGGUUGAGGUUCUGCAACAUCCAUGGGUUAGGAGGAGACAUGCCAAUGCAUGACCAUAUGAAAUUGAUAAGUGUUCAGUGUAUAGUGCAUCAUUAUUAUUGAGUGUUCCCAGCUUCA